GUACCUUGUAAAUAGUCGAUGUUCCAUCACAAUGAGGAUUCACUUUAGACGUCCAGAUUUUUCCGGAAUAAAAUUGAGAUGGAGAUAUCUGAAACUAUGUUACCUAUCAUUGACUUAUAACACCUAUUCAUCUGCAACAGAAGUCCUUUUUGAGCCCAUCAUAACUCUAGUGGAUUUUAUUUCAAGAUGGUUUGGUUUUGCCUUUGUUACAUUGGUAACAAUACUGGUUGCAUAUGUUGUUGUGGUUUAUUACUCAAUUGCAGUACCAUAUCUCAUCUUAGCAUUUUCAUCAAUACGAGCUGGAAUAACUAUUUUCUACGGACAUUAUCUUCUAAUCAUGAUUAGUUUUCAUUAUUUUAAAGCAGUCCGUACCAAUCCAGGAAGACCACCCAAAGAUGCUUCAGAGAGAGCAGUAACAUCUGUAUGCAAAAAAUGCAUUCUGCCAAAACCACCAAGAGCACAUCACUGCAGUGUUUGCAAAAAUUGUGUUUUAAAAAUGGAUCAUCACUGUCCAUGGAUCAAUAAUUGUGUGGGUCAUUAUAACCAUCGAUAUUUUAUAUCAUUUUGUAUAUUCAUGUUACUUGGUACCAUAUUUGUGGUAACAACAACAUGGCCAAUUUUCACAGAAUGUUUUAGUUUUCAUAACAGAAUGCAAUUCGCCAUGGAUUAUUUAAAAGAUUUUUUUAUUGAGGAUAUUUCUGAUGAUGAGAAUGAAAAUUUAGAUUAUAUAAAUGAAAAUCAUUCAAGUUUAAACAAAAAAGAUAUUAGUAAUGCUUUACACCCGAAAAUAGAAAUUUUUUCUCAUGUAGUUCCAGUUGCUCGACAUGGAAAAUCUGCAGAAGACACUGGUGAAAUAUUCCAAUACCUUUAUAGUGUUUGUUACACUGCCAAUUCAGGAGCAAAAGGCAAUUUGAUAUUUCUUUGGUUUUUGUGUGCUGGGGUAACGGCCGCCCUUGGUGCUUUAACUGCAAUUCAGUUUCGAUUGGUUAGUCUUGGAGAAACAAGUAUCGAAAAACUCAUCAAUGAUAAAGAAUUUCGCAAAGCAAAAAAACUUGGAUUGAAAUUCAACAAUCCCUACCAUUUAGGAUUUCGCAACAACUGGAAAAUGAUUUUAAUGUUUCACGACUUAAGAUCAUUCUUUUUGAAUGUGAUUCUUCCACGUAAUAUGUCACCUAUUGGAGAUGGAUUAGUGUGGGAUAAGCAUAUUGAUAAAAAUUACUCAGAUUCAUUAUAUGCAAAUGGACAUAAAUAAUGAUGAUAUGUAUUUCAUUUUAGCAAUGGAUAAUAUGAAAUGUUUUAUGAUGGAGAAUAUGCGUUUCUCUAAUAUUGCAUUAAUUUAUGUAAUAAGUUACUCCUUAAUUUUGUAUUUUUCAAAAGUAUGGUAUAUUGUUUUUUGUUGGAUGUCUAGUUGUAAUUUUUGUAUUUUUCAAUUCAUUGUUUUGUGUCUUUAUGGUGUUAAUUAUGAACAAUUGAAAUACCUUGUAGACAAGUAAAGAAUAGCAAAAGUUGUUUAAUGUUAAUUAAGUCUUGUCCAAAAUGUCAACGUCUAUGAAUAUCUUCGUAAUUAUAUGUGUUUGUGUAUACCGUAUAUGCUCGUUUCACCCGCCGAUCUUGAUUAAGGGCCCGUUUGAAUAGCCGCCUGUGUGAACAGAACAUAAAAAUAAAUAAGGGCCGGUGCUCGAAUACCCGCCCGAUGUAAAAGCUG